GUCAGUGGUUUAAUUGUGAGCUAUACAAGCCGUGACCUCUGCAGCUGCAUGAUGAGCAAUGUGGAGAUACCAGCUGGUUUGAAAGAGCUGCUGCAGGGAUACACAGUGGAGGUGCUUCGCCGCAGGCCGCCUGACCUGGUGGAAUUUGCAGUGCAGCAUUUUACACAAAUUCUGGACCGCCAAAGAAAUGACCAACGGGCCAAGAAACGCAGCCCCAAACCUGCACGGAAAGGAGUGACCUUUGAGACAAAGUCAAAUAAGACCAUCAAGGACAAAGAAGAGGAGGAGGAGGAGGAAGACACUGUUAAGUGCACCACGGGUAAAUACAGUCGCAGAGUUUCAGUUUGUGCAGAGGCGUACAACCCUGAUGACGAUGAGGACGAUGACACAGAGCUUCGGGUUGUGCAUCCCAAAACGGACGAGCAGCGUCGCAGACUUCAGGAUGCGUGCAGAGAUAUUUUACUGUUUAAAACACUGGAGCAGGAGCAGUUCUCUGAGGUUUUGGAUGGCAUGUUCGAGGUGCUAGUCAAACCUCAGGAACACAUCAUAGACCAAGGAGAUGACGGAGACAAUUUCUAUGUCAUAGAAAAGGGUGUGUAUGAUAUUUUGGUGCAGAAGGAUGAAGUGAGUGUGUGUGUUGGAAAGUAUGACAAUAAGGGCAGUUUUGGUGAGUUGGCUCUCAUGUACAACACGCCACGAGCCGCCACAAUCGUUGCAACACAGGAAGGCGCCCUGUGGGGCCUGGAUCGAGCCACAUUCCACAGACUGAUUGUUAGAAAUAAUGCAAAGAAGAGGAGGAUGUAUGAGGCCUUCAUCGAGUGUGUUCCUCUUCUGAAGUCUCUUGAGGUGUCUGAGAGGAUGAAGAUUGUAGAUGUUUUGGGAGCACGAACGUUCAAAGAUGGAGAGCGCAUAAUAACGCAGGGGGAGGACGCCGACUGUUUCUACAUUGUGGAAUCAGGAGAGGUGAAGAUCAUGAUAAAAAGCACAACAAAGGUUGGCCAGCAGGAUAACGCAGAGGUGGAGGUGGCUCGCUGCUCCAGAGGGCAGUAUUUUGGGGAGCUGGCAUUGGUCACCAACAAACCCCGUGCAGCAUCAGUUUACGCUGUGGGAGAAACCAAAUGUUUAGUAAUUGACGUCCAGGCUUUCGAGCGUUUGCUGGGACCCUGUAUGGACAUCAUGAAGAGGAACAUUUCCCAGUAUGAAGAGCAGCGGAUGGCACUUUUUGGCUCCUGUGAAGAUCUGAAGCACUAGUAUUUAAGCACAUAGUGACCUCCCCAGUGAGGUAAAUGUAACAUACAGCAUUCUCUUUUAUAUUCAGUAACAUGUAUAGUACUCCUGUAUCACUGUUGGAAUGAUGGUCCGUCUUUUAAAAAAGUAUCAAAAUGAAUGCAGCAGAACCAGAGAUAUUCUGUGCAUUACAAUCCCCAUACUACCACACUUUAUAGUAUACCAGAGAAGGAGUUAGUAUGCCUCAGUACAUAGUAUGUCAAAUGCAGUAUGCCAAAAAUACCAGGAUGUUCUACUAUAUCCAGUCCAUCUUUGCAGUAUGCAAGCCAGCAUGCUUUUCUGGCUAUUUCUAGCUACAAUCUCUGCAGUUUUAACUUUAAACUUUUAAACUGCACACAUUGCAAAGUAACAACAGCAGAGCUCUACAGGUCGAUCUCCAUCUCUGGAGAACUCAGUGAGUGGCGUUUGUUUUAUCUCCAAGGUAACGGAUAUAAAAGCAAGAGGGUCAAAGUUCAGGGUGUGAUGAUAUGAGACAGUCAUAUGUCUCGAUUGUGGCACACUGCAUACAACAUACUUUUUAAGGGCAACUGCAGUACCAACUAAAAGUUAAAAGAAAAAGUAUGUGAUUCAGAGCGCACCCAUUGCCUUUUUUUAAACUAUGCUUUCUUCUUCCAUGUUAAACGCCUGCAUUACCCAUUAUGCAACAUGAUCACCAAAACAUUUGAAAUUGAGGUGUGUUUUGCAAGUAGCUGCAGAGGCAUAAUGACAAAAAUAUGAGAAAAAUAAUUUUGUUUUUCCUGAAUUAACACGAAUAUUAUCCUGGAUUCUACAAAAAGAUUUCA